AUGGCUUUCGGGCUCGCCCGGAACGCGCAAUCUGCUCUCGAACUUAUCGGCCUCUCAGCCGCGCAAUGUCUCGAGCGAACCGGUGCUGUACCGAUGCGGAGCGUCCGAUUGAUGCUGGCUCGAGGCGAAGGAGCAGGGAACGUUGCUGAUGAGACUAACGAAACCGAUCAAGGAAAGCGUCUUACGAGCAUCGUCCACCGAGCAGCCUUUCUAAAGGAAAUUCUUGCUGGUAUUCCACAGAAUCGAAUGCAUGCCUCGAAGAAGCUCGAGGGAGCCGACCAGGACGGUUCACUUACAUGUCAUUUCACCGACGGAACUACACAUGAAUGCGACAUCCUCAUUGAUGCCGAUGGCAUCCACAGCGCGGUUCGAAAGUUCAUCUUUGGAGAAAACAAUGCCGCGGCAGUUCCUCGUAGCAGCGGUAGUUGGUUCCUUAUGACUCUUCAACCGUUCGACAAGGCUCGGGCGAUCUUGGGUAAAGAGCUCGUAGACAUGGAGAAUGCCCGCGAAUAUGGCUGGGUCGGUCAAAACACUUUCUUAAUGCACAACAUUCUAAGCGACGGCGAGUUGGUGCAAUUUGCUAUCGCAUCUAAUGACUCGGAAAGUAAUCCGAGUCGUUGGACCGCUGGCAGCGCACUGCGGGCGUCGACGAGAUUAAACACUGCUUUGCAACCAACCCGAAACAUAAAGCCUUAUACCUCUGAGAACACCCAAAAGCACCGACUUACGUUUCGGGUCCAAUGUGCGUUACUGGCGAUGCUCUCCAUUCAACAACACCGUGGCAAGGGUCUGGCGGUGGCAUGUCCAUCGAAGACAGCCUCAUCCUCUCUACCUUACUCGGGCGUGCUCAGACACCUAUGUACCGAGGCCCUUACGGCCUUGAAAGUAUACGAUCGAGUUCGCCGCCCCCGUACACAGCGGGUCGUCGAGUCCGGCCGGGUCACGGGUGAUAUGCUAAUGGGAAGGAGUGAGGAAACUGGACUGGCCCCGAAGAAGUUUGGGUAA